AUGUCCACCAUUACCAAUACAAGGAUAUCCAUACUCCGAUAUAUCUCAGCAUUCUUUAUUCCCGACGCAAGUCUACAUUCCCGACAAAAAUGGAUCCUAGGUCUUAUCAAUUUAUCAGCAGUGGUUAUACUAUGGGUAUCAUCAAGUUUCUUAGUAAAUGCCAUUGUUGAAGAUGAUUCGUAUCGUAAACCAUUUUUCAUUACUUGGAUUAAUACAAGUUGUUUUAGUUUUUACAUUAUUCCUUAUCUCAAAUUUAAAAAAUUGUCAUUACGUCAAUUUAUCAACAAGUUUACUAAUGAGUACAAGUAUCAUCAAAUACCGAGUAAGGAUGGGGAUGGGUUGAUUAGAAGGUAUGGAUCGGAUGAGGAUUUAAACACUGUUGUUGCUACACAAGUUGAAGAAGGACAGAUACAACAACUGGGAAGCUUGACCUGUGUUGAAUCAAUUGGGGAUGAUGUACCACCUGAUAACUCAUUGGAUAUAAACAUUUAUGACACGUUUAAAUUAUCGGUUCAAUUUAUCAUACUUUGGUAUUCGGCAAACUUGGUAACUAAUGCAUCAUUAUCAUAUACAUCAGUUGCUUCACAAACUAUACUAUCUUCAACAUCUUCCUUUUUCACAUUAAUCAUUGGAUAUCUUGUAUCAGUGGAGAGUAUAAAUCAAAAUAAAAUAAUGGGUAUCUUACUUAGUUUCUCUGGGGUAUUGAUUGUGACCAAAGCAGAUACCUCUGAGGAUAAUCCCAAUAGAGAUAUACAGCAUGGACGUUCAACAAUGAUUAUAUUAUGGGGUAAUUUGUUAGCGUUGUCAGGAGCAUUAAUCUAUGGAAUUUACACCAUUUUGCUUAAAUUUAAAAUCUCAAUCCCUAAUUCUCGCAAAGAACGCAAUUUAAACACUCAUUUAUUCUUUGGAUUUGUUGGAUUGAUUUGCUUUUUAGGAUUAUGGCCAAUCCUCAUAAUUUUACACUUCACUAAAGUGGAAACCUGGUCAUUGCCAUCAUCAAGAGAAGUAUGGACUUGUCUCGUCCUAAAUGCUGUGAUUACGUUUAUAAGUGAUUUCUGUUGGUGUAAUGCUGUACUCCUAACUAGUCCAUUGACUGUAACUGUGGGAUUAUCAAUGGCUAUUCCUUUGGCUAUGGUUGGUGAUUGGAUCUUGAAGGAAUUUCAAUUGAAUUUGUUGUAUGUGUUUGGAGCUGCAAUUGUCACUACUGGAUUCUUGAUUAUAAAUAAAGAUGAAGAAGAGGAGUUUGUUGUCGAUGAGUAG